AUGUUUGAAAAGUCAUUAACGGACCUUAUUCGCGGCAUCCGUGCUAACAAGAAGAAUGAACAAAAGUACAUCGCUUCAUGUCUACAAGAAAUUCGCCAAGAAGUAAAAAGCAAUGAUCCAGACGUUAAGGCGAUUGCUGUUUCAAAGCUGACCUAUCUUCAAAUGCUUGGAUACGAUAUGUCGUGGGCUUCCUUUCACGUAGUAGAGGUCAUGUCAUCUUCCAAAUUUCCUCAAAAGCAAUCAGGAUACUUGGCGGCAACACAGUCCUUUAGACAGGAUACCGACGUGCUAAUGCUGACCACGAACCUGUUGAAAAAAGAUCUCGCGUCGGGAAAUCAACUUGAAGUAGGCGUUGCUCUUAAUGGAUUAUCUCAUAUCGUCACACCAGACCUUGCUCGCGAUCUGUGUCAGGACCUAGUUUCUAUGCUCAGUCAUUCUCGUCCUUAUGUACGAAAGAAAGUUGUUCUUGUUCUUUAUAAGCUUUUCUUGAAAUUCCCAGAAGCCUUAAGAAUAAGUUUUCCACGAUUAAAAGAACGACUAGACGAUUCUGAUUCAUCGGUUGUAUGCGCGGUUGUAAACGUUGUAUGUGAACUUGCAAAAAAAAAUCCAAAAAACUAUUUGUCUCUUGCUCCACAGUUAUUCAAGUUAUUAAACACAUCAACGAACAACUGGAUGCUUAUUAAAAUCAUAAAAUUGUUUGGUGCUCUGACACCACUCGAGCCCCGUCUCGCAAAAAAGCUUUUACCACCGAUCACACACCAAAUACAAACAACACAAGCAAUGUCAUUGUUAUAUGAAUGUAUACACACGGUGAUUACAGGUGACAUGCUGACACUUGGUGGAAGUUCGGAUGCUCUUGCGGCGAUGUGUGUCAGCAAGUUGAGAACAUUUUUGGAAGAUGUGGAUCAAAAUUUGAAAUAUGUUGGACUUCUAGCGUUAGCCAAGAUUCUUCCGACGCAUCCAAAGCUAAUAUCCGAACAUCGAGACAUUAUUCUGAAAUGUAUUGACGAUCCGGACAUUAGUAUUCGCCUUCGCGCUCUAGACUUGGUGGUUGGAAUGGUAAAUAAGAAAAACCUCUCUGACAUUGUCAAGCGAUUGAUUUAUCCACCUCCAUCAACGUUGUUUGAACCAGCCUAUCGAACCGAUAUCAUAAAUCGCAUAAUAUUCAUUUGUUCCCAAAACUCAUAUAGUAACAUCACAAAUUUUGAAUGGUAUAUUGCUGUGCUAAUUGAUCUCACGAAUAUUGCUGGUGUCAAUGUUGGUAAACUUUUAACGUCACAAAUAAUGGAUGUCGGUGUGCGUGUUAAAAGUGUACGACAAUACUGCGUUAAGACCAUGCAACGGUUACUUUCGGACAAGAAUAUUUUGGAAAAUUGUAAACUUCCACAUACCAAUGCCGAGGUUCUUUAUGCCGCGGCGUGGAUAACUGGAGAAUAUUGCAGUUAUUUGGAAAAUCCUCUUGAAGCGAUGGAGUAUCUCGUUCAACCUGGUAUUACAAAACUUUCGCAUAAUGUACAGGCCGUGUAUAUUCAUAGUAUUUUGAAAAUAUACGCAUAUUGGGCAAAUAACCUUUCAUACAAUUGGAAUGAUGAUGCAAAACAAGAAUUGGCGCGGUUUACCUUAACAUUAAAGGAAAAAGUUGGAAUGUUCUGUUCGUGUUCGGAUUUAGAAGUACAAGAACGAGCAUACAAUAUACGCGAAAUAUUUUCUAUAAUUUGUGAGAAUUUGACGUCGGCGCCCAAAAAUAACUAUCUUGCUCUUGGAAAGCCCCCUCAAGUUAUCUCUGAAAUCCAAUCACUUUUCUUUGCUUACGAGCUUAACCCUGUAGCUCCCAAAGCUCAAAAGAAA